GCUACCAGCACCACGCCCGACCGCCUUCGUCUCCCCAGUGGCGAUGUUCACCACACACACAGCACCAGGUGACUGACCCUUGGGGGAGGCAAAGCCGUCGGAUGACGUCACGCGCACAACAAACGCGGUUACACCGUCAAGUGACGUCGCGCAGCCACGAACUCCGUGGGGUGACGUCACGCCCUUCCACAAAAAAACUUCAAAAAGCAGUUGAGCGACGUCACGCGGCUUCAUUAGCAGUUCGGUGACGUCACCCGCUCACUAACUCCGUAGGGUGACGUCACGCGCACCAUGAAAGCAGUCGGAUGACGUCACGCGCCGCCGCUGCACGACAAUGGAGCAUUGCUACCGCCGCUGGAGCGGGGGCCACGUGGGCGCGGUGCUGUGCGUGACCCCCACGGCGGCCACCGGCGGCGACGGUGACGCCGGCGGCGCGUGGGGCGGCGUGGCGGCGGCGGUGUCCGGCGGCGAGGACGGCCGCGUGUGCCUGUGGAGCGCCGAGGGCUCGCCGGUGGCGGUGACCUCCCUGGCGGUGGGCGGCGGCGGCGCGGUGACGGCUUUGGCCGUGUCGGAGCGCGACGGCCGCUCCCUGUUUGCGGCGCAUGGCGGCGGCGUGUCCCGGCUGGACGCACGCUGCCUCGACAUCAACCGCCCCGUGGCGCGCUACGAGCUGUGCCGCCCGGCCGUCGGACCGCGACGACGACCGCUCGGAGGGGGAGGGGAGGGCGACGAUGAGGAUGACGAGGAGGACGAGGUGAACUCGGUGGCGCUGAGCUGGGACGAGCGGCUCCUCGUCGCCGGGGACGACCGCGGAGCGGUCAGCGUCGUCGACCUCGACAGGGCGGCGAGCGGGGAGGGGCCCGGGGGAGAUGGGGGGUGGCGGCGGCAGCAACAAGAGGAGGAGGAGGAAGAGAAUGGCGAAGAGGUGGAGGAGGACGUGGAGGAGGAGGAGGUAGAGAGAGGCAACGCGUGGCAGCGCUCCGUCCUGGCUCACAGCAACAUCUGCUCGGACGCCAGUUUCCUCCGUCACAGAGGAGGCGACAGAGACAGCAUCAUCUCUUGUGGUCUGGACAUGCAGGUGGCCUGUUGGGACGCGGGCUCCCUGCGUGAGCGCUGGCGCGUCGACCUGGGACGCUGCACCUCCUCCGCCUCCUCCACCUCCUCCUCCUCCGCCUCCUCUUCCACCGGUCCCCUCGGCCAGCUGGUCAACCCCCCGCUGGCGCACUGCGUGGCCGUGACGGCCGACGGCGGCGGCGGCGCCGGGCCCCUGUGCGCCUGUGGGGCCGGAGACGGCUCCAUCUACCUUCUCCGCCCUCCUCCCGGUGGCCGUGCCGGUGACGGUGGCGGUGACGGCCGGAGGAGGAGGAGGAGGGGGAGGAGGGGAUGGGGGGGGGCGUGGACCACCACCAGGAUCGCCGGGGCGCACGCCUCCGCCGUAGGGCAGGUGUGCCUGGUGAGCGACGUCUCUGCAGCUGGGCUCUCGCUGCGUCUCCUGUCGGGCGCAAACGACGGCCGUGUCUGCCUCUGGGACCUGGGGGAGGGUCCUGGUGGUGGUGGUGCUGGUGGUGGUGGUGGUGCUGGUGGUGGUGGUGGUGCUGGUGGUGGUGCUGGUGGUGGUGCUGGUGGUGGUGGUGCUGGUGGUGGUGGUGCUGGUGGUGGUGCUGGUGCUGGUGGUGGUGCUGGUGGUGGUGCGGGCGACGGCGUUGGCGGCGACCUCCCGCAGGGGCAUUGUGGGAGCAGGGUCAAGGGGAGGCGGCGCACCAAGAGAGGGGCUGCGGCCGCUGGCGUCCCCGCGGCGGCCGUGGAGAGCCGCGGGCCCUUGCUGACGCUGGCGCACGGGGGCAAGGUGAACGGCCUGGCCACGCUGCCGCGGGGCCCACACCGGGGCCCCUCGGGCCUCACCGUGCUGGUGACGGACUGCGGGGAGGAGAUCACCGCGUACGUGGUGCGCGGGUGAUCACACGUGGACACGCGGACACGGAGACGUGGACACGGAGACACGGACACGCGGAGACACGGACACGCGGAGACACGGACACGCGGAGACACGGACACGCCGACACGGAGACGUGGACAUGGAGACACGGACACUUACCCCGACCCCCUGAUCCCCACCCUCCCGACCACCCCCCUUCAACACCUCUGCCGGAGAUUUCACGGAGCCACCACCACCGCUGCCACCAAAGACGAAGAUCCCCUCCCCCCCCGUGUGCCCUCAACAGACUGUUGGGGCAAGCGCUGCUCGUGAGUAGCAACAGUGCCUAUGAAGGCCGGCAC